GGGAAAAAGAAAAAAAAAAUCUUACUGAUUUUGCCCAAAUACUGAAAUUAUUUUCUUUGGUCUUUACAACCCUAAUCGCCUGCCGCACCUCUUCCUCUCUGUGUUCCCUUUAUCUUGAGUUUUUCUUCUGCAACAAAAACCUAUCAAAAAUUAUCAUCACCUACGAAUCAACUCUAUCAAUCCAUAAUCAGUGCCCACAAUAACCCAAUUUUUCAAAUGGAUGAUUCUGUUAUAGAUGGUCCUGUUCAAGUUGGGGGUCGAAUGCAUCAGUAAUUCAGGGGGGAGUAAUCCUUCGUUAAAAAAUUUGGGACAGUUAGUGAAUUCGUUAAUUGAUAGCUCGAUGCAAAGUUCUGAAAGGAUGAUUGCGCAAAAUCAACUUGGAGAUGCUGCUAUUUCUUUAAAGGUUAACAAAAUAGAUGAUUCAAGAACGUACAAAACAUCGUGGUGCUUCGAUUUCGUCAGAUAAUGGAGACCAAUGUAGAUUUUUGGCAAUUUGUAAAUGUUGAGUUCAUCAAAGAAGUAUCGUUUUAUUCAUCUGCCGAUUUUCGAUUAUAAUCUUGAUACUUUCUGCCGUUAAACAAAUAUGUCGCUAGCUACAAGAAGCAGCAAUGCGUCGAUCAGGUAAAACUACUCUUACACCUAUUGAAAAUUAAAUUCGUAAAUGCACCACAUGAGAAUGGUGCUGCUUAUUGUCUUACAUGAUGUCGAUGCAGGAGUUUAAUGUGAUAAUGAGGCGAUGUACGAUGCGUUAUUUAGAACCGUUCAUGUACGUCAUUGUUGUGAGAAAGGAAGGCGAGAAUGCGCUUAAUGGCAUGCUCAAAAAUGUCAUUGGAACUCUUGAUUUUCGUUUCAAGUACAUGUUACAGGGGGAGACUUAUCCUGAGCCAGCUGUGAAUCUCUUUAGCACCUUCAAAAGAAGGGGACCACAGAAACAUGGCAUAAUCUCAAACAUAAUUGUUGCCAAAAGUGCACGUCAACAAGGUAUAAAGCAGGUAUACUUACAUGUCUGUCGGGAUAACAAACCAGCAUUAGCACUAUACAAAAAGAUGGGAUUUGGGAGGCGACUCCACAUCUGGAAGAAUAAAACCUAUACGUGUGCAACAUAAAUCUGUAGUUAGAUUUUACUCAUUCUUUAAACUGAUAAAGGUUUUGAUUUUUUUUGAAGUCCUGACAAUAGUAAUUAUCCUAGAUAUAUACUCAAAUUGUUUUUUUAUGCAUGCCUCUUCGACAGAGUUGUAUAUGGAUGUGAUGUCAUUAUAGCUUUAUAAUCUGAGCAGCUGCAGUCUGGUUUGCUAUUGAACCAAAUUUCUAACCAAGCUUUUCUGCUUAAAUGCUUCGUAACUUUACAUAUUGUACUUCACCUAGGGAACACCCCACCAACAAAUAGAUUAGGUCACUUAGAAAAUAUCAGGAUAGCUAGCGAGACUGUUUGUUGCUAUACCACCUAAUGAUAUUCUAAUGUGAUCUGUCUUUUAAGUUGUAGCAGUUUUUCUGUUUAAAUGCUCUUCUAUUUGGCUGACGUGUCUGAAAUUCAAGCAAUCCAUACCUUCAUAUCAGCUGAUCGAUAUAGCACACCACCAGCUAUUUUAAUGCGUGUAAUCUUAUGGCCAGUAAUGUGGAGUAAAUUUUGAGAGAGGCGUAACAUUAAAUUUGCUAGUUAGGCACUGUGCUGUAUCAUGGGCACAUCUCCCAUAUUGCUUCAAAAUACACAAUGUGUAUGUGAAGAUAACAAUCCAUUCGUCGUUGAUUGCCGAGCUACAUGCAUCGGGGCGAGGCGAAGCUGAACCAUACCAAAUCAAAAAUGCACGACGGGGCGAGACGAAACCACAUCAUACCAAAUCAAAAAUAUGGUUAGAAAAAAUAUAUAAUAAAAAAUUCUAUGCGACAGGGUGAGGCGAAGCCGAGCUACAUCAAAUAAAAAAUUCUAAGCAUGUAUCGGAUGGGGCGAGGCAAAGCGGUUUCCGGGUCCGCCCGGUGCGUAGCACGGGCACAAAAUCUAGUAGUAUCAUGGUACCUAUAACCACUGAUUGUGAUAUGUAUUGUUAAUCCAGAAGUGGCGGUAUCUGCAAUUCACAUGUUUAAAUUUGUUUUACUCUCAUUAAUCUUGGUUGUCAAUUACGUUGGUAAGUUAAAAGGUGAUCAUUGAUAGCCAUUAGAAGAACAGAGGUGUGUUUAUAUUAAAAAUGUAACCUUUCGAAUGGCCAACAACUUCUCCU